AUGCAAUGGACGGUCAGUUUUUUUUAUUUAUUUUAUUCUUAUUGACCUUAUAAAAAAACAAAAUACCUUUUUAAAAAGACUUUUUAUUGUACAAUUUAUUGAUUUUUCCAGAAAAAGAAGAAAAAGUUUGUUUUCUCUUCAAAAUUUCCAUCUUAGUUGGUAUAUCCUGGUUUUAGGCUUUUUUUGAUAUCUUUUUUUAUUUUAUGAAUGCUAAAUUUGAAAAACAAUGUCAAUUUAAAAUUUGUUGGAAGGUUAUGAAAAUCUGUUAUUUUGAAAAGCUUUGAGGAAAUAAUGGUUUUUCAAUUUGAAACAAUUGAUCAAUUGGUUUUUGAGGAUCUUUGCUUAUAUUUUUUUUUCAGGUAGAAAGAGACGCCGUCAAGGCGAAUGUCCCGUUGAUCCCAUCGGAUAUGUCGGGUUCGUUUUUUUAUUUUUUUCUGAAAGGCUUUUUAUUCAAUUUUUUUGGACCCUUCCGUUAAUUUUAUUACAUUUAUUAGUCAAGAAAUGGAGAAAAUUUAUCAUGAAGAAUGGCUUAUUUUCAAGCUUUUCCUGUCAAGAAACUUUAACGAAAUUUUCAGAAGGAUCAAGAGCGGUCUCAAAUGCUUCAUCGGGACUUUCAAAACUUUUGGAAAAUCCGCUGAUUCCUAUCGGCAUGGGCGCCACGGUCGGAUGUCUCAUUGGUUUGUUAAUUUUGUCCUUUUCUCAAAUAAUUGUGAAUAAAAAAAUAAUAGUUAUUCCGCUUUUUUAGUCUUUUAACUUUUUUUUUGUCGUAUUUUGUAAUUUGAAAUUCAAAUUCUAGACUCCAAAUGAUUCACUUUUUUUUCUGUAAUUUUUUAAAAAUUUCUGAACAAAUUUCGAGAUACAUUAGACAGAUCUGCAUUUCCUACGUUCACAAAAACAUUUUUGAAGCUUUUCCAAGAAGUUAACAAUGUCAUACCAGAAAAAAAUCACUCUCAAAGGAAUUUUCUUAUCCCCAAAGUUGCUCAAGAAAAAAAUUCAAAUUCAUCAAGAAAUGAAAUUUUUUUCAGGUUUCUUUAAUAAUUAUCUCUAGUUACUUUUUGUUACAAAUUCAUAUUGAGAUCUAUUUUUUCAGGGAUGCUGGUGGCUACCUUGAGAAGAAGUACAAAAGACGCUCAGUUGUUCAUGAGAGGAAGAGUCAUAGCCCAAGGGCUCACUGUAGGGGCCAUCGUCGGCGGCGCAGCACUUUUUGGUUCGUUUCUUGUAUAUUUUUCUUGUUGUUGUUAGCUUGGGCAGUAAUUUUUAAGAUCAGAACAUGAUUUUUUUCACUAGCUUCAGUUUUGGGUUUUUGGGUAUAAAUCUAACUGAAAAGCUCAAAGUAAAUGAUAUUUUCAAAUUGUAAGUGUCGAAAUUCAUCUUGUAGCGGAAAAAUUUUAAUUUUUUUAUAAAAAAAUUUGCAAGCCAUUCAAAAACGUUUCAAUGAAGGUUCUCGGAGAACAAACCCGCUUGAUUUUUCGAAAAUUAAAUUUCAAAAAAAUUUCAUCUCCAAAAAAAGUGUAAAGCUAAUAAUUCCAUUUCAAGCGGUUUAUAAUCAAGGUUGUAGUUUUGUGAAAUAAAAAAUCAAAUAUUUCUCAGGAAUUGGAGCCCCAGCAAACUCAAUGAAACGACAAACUCCACCGGCCCAUUUGAUGCCCGGAUCGACGCCGAAAAUCUCCCAAUAA